AUGGCUUCCAGGUAUCGAGGUGGUGCCAGCUCCUUUGUGGAAGCUGCUGAUGGUGGCGUUCGGGGCCUCCAGGGUGGUGGAGAAAUUUUGAGUUGUGACCUGCUUUUUGAAUGGACAUCUUUUGCAAGGCUGCAAGGUCCUUAUUUUUGGAAGGUUUUGGGCGAGGCCUGGUGCAGUUCCUUGAGAAGCCUUUUUCAAGACUUGCGACAGCGUCGGGGCGCACAGCUUCAUUUUGAGCACCAGGUGACCUUGCAAGGCCAACCCGACCAACCCGAAUCUUUGGAGUUCAAAGGUCGUAGUGAUAUGCUGAUCAAGGUGGCUGGACAGUUCCACUAUUUGAGCGACAUCGAGGAACGUCUGAAAGAAACCAUGCUUCCCCCGCCUGAGAAUACUGACACUGGAAUCGUUCAGGAGGUGGCAGUCCUGCCGGCGACAAGGAACUCGCUGAACGAUGCGCCAGCGCAUGUCUUCAUUUCGGUGCUGGGUGCCGGGCGCCGCGCCGCAGCUGCCAGGCUUGUGGAGAGGGCGCGGGCCGUGGCGCCCCACUCCGUUGCGCUGCAUUUCUUGGGCAAACCUUUGCCCAAAGAUCCGGUGUCCACCAAAGUGGAUCGGCGAAGCUUGCUGCAGAGCAUUGCGGGUCCCGAGACGACUUCAGCGGUGUGGCCGGCCUUGCGUGCGCGGCUAUGGCCGCAGCUGCCGUGGGGGCUGAUGGUGGCGAUGAUGGGGGCGUUGAAUCUCACGUCCUGGUGGGGUCGCCCAGUGAUGGCUGGAGGAGAAGGGCCUCAAUUCCCCUCGGCUCCGGACGGGUCGAGCCUCGAGGACCUCGUUGAAAAACUUGAUCCAACUGCUUCUACACGUCGCAGCAGCCUUUUGGCGAUGUCGAUCGAUGGAGCAAUGUCAGAGCCAGUUCAUGCCGUUGACUCGGGACUGUGGCCGCAACCUUCAGAACGUCCGCAGUUUUGCCCUUGGUGA